GCACUCGACGAUUGGCUUCUCUUAUUGUUUCUUGUUCUCAUUGUCCGCUGCGGUACAGAAUAGCUUCCAUUCCAUGGAGUCAGCUUUACCACACUCUAAGUACAUAAGGAUGCGUUUACCAGUCGUUCACUAUAAGUCUAUCUUUCCCUACACUCUCACUCUCACUCAGACGAAUUCACGUUCUUUCAUCGCCCAUUCACUAUGAUUGCUGAUCUCUCAAAAGCGGCUACUUUGUAUCUUGCUCCCGUAUUAAUGUUGACAACGCUCCUGCUUUCACUUUUCGCGUAUCUCGCACCCACUGUCAUGCUGCAUAGUCAAGUGGCUUUGUUGACAGUCACGCCGUCUGCAGCCUUAACUGAGCCCGGCUCGAACCAAGCAGUUGACGGACCCAGUCUCUUUCUUGGUGCAUUGGGCUCUUGUUCUCGACCAAAUAAUGAAGCUGGCGUCAGCUGUACCUCACCGUCGCUCUCACCUACAUAUAAUACAUCCGUCCUACCAAGCAAUGCCCCUAGCCUCGAUUUAUCCGCUCCCCCGACCGCUGCACCCGUUUUCAUCGCUAUAGCACUCGCAUUCUCUAUCAUUUUCUUCUUUUCAUUCACAGCCAUAUCUUUCCGCCACGUUAUCCCAGGCAAAUUUGGAGAGUUCUGGGACAGACCCAUGACCCAGCGGGGAUCUGCAUGGAUCGGAAUUUUUGGGUUCCUUGUUGGCCUCGCAUCUUUCCUCAUUGUCCGGAUGUGGUUCGGAAAAGCUGUGGACGACUUCAAUCAGGGGAUCGCGUCACAAGGCAGCGGUGGACCAGCACUUGUCGCCAGUACAAGUAAUGCCUUUAUCAUGGUCUGGGUUGCAUAUGCAUUCUUUGGCAUCCCUGUCAUCGUCUCGCUGGCCAAACUGCAUGUCAUGGCCACGAAGUAGAGAAGUAGAUCACGAACCACAACGUGGGCAAGCAAUUGCCUUUCCGGACUCUCCUCAAGUGUAGUACUUAGAUUUCCCCGUCCUGGCACCCCUGUGUAGCAUACUUUUCAGAACAAUCUAUCUGUAUCAGAUUGUGUAUUGCAUUCCAUGUAGAGACUUGCAUAGAAUUUCCCAUUAAUCGCAUCAA